UUAGCAUAGGGCAGUGUAUAAUAACCCACCUCUGGUACUGGAGUUUUACUGUUCUUUGAGUGUUUCUGAACGAAGCAUCAUGCCUGAACCAGCGAAGUCUGCCCCCAAGAAGGGCUCGAAGAAGGCCGUCACCAAAACCGCUGGGAAGAGUGGGAAGAAGCGCAAGAGGUCCAGGAAGGAGAGCUACGCUAUCUACGUGUACAAAGUCCUGAAGCAGGUUCAUCCCGACACCGGAAUCUCCUCCAAGGCGAUGGGAAUCAUGAACUCUUUCGUCAACGACAUCUUCGAGCGCAUCGCCGGUGAAGCGUCUCGUCUCGCUCACUACAACAAGCGCUCCACCAUCACAUCGAGAGAGAUCCAGACCGCCGUGCGUCUGCUGCUGCCCGGUGAGCUGGCCAAACACGCCGUGUCUGAGGGUACAAAGGCUGUGACCAAAUACACAGUUCAAAGUAAAGCGACAUCUCAUCUGCGAACCCAAAGGCUCUUUUAAGAGCCACCCAUAUUGUCUUUAAAAAGAGCCUUGACUUUACACUGUCAAAUAAAAGUGAAGGAACUGUUAUCAGUUCCUUAGUGUCAACUGCUGUUAAGCAUCAGUCUGGUGUAAUAAAUUAACUCGAAUAUAUGGUUGCGCUUCAUUUUACUUUAGUGUUUAUAGUGUUCUUACCUAAGAAAAUGGUGUGUAAUAUAAGGUACUUGGUUCAUAAUAAAAUGUAAUGAAUAUUGUUAACGAACUUAUUUUUUUGUGAUCUCAUAUUUGUGUUUUGAGUUAUAAUAGGGCACAAUAUACAUAAUUCUAGUGGGAACCAUUCAUGCAGAAUAUUGUCUUAUAUGAGGCACAUAUUAGUGACUUGCAUGAUCCCUCGUGCGAUGUGCGAACAGCGCCAUCUUUAGAAGCACAUUUGUCAUUGACGGGGUCGGUUGUGCCUUCUUUCUUUCGCUCUUCAAACGAGAGUGUUGCUUUCUCCAUUUUGUGUGGGCAGACUGUAGGGGGGGACACAUGUAGCCUAUCCCCAAAAAAAUCAUUGUGCUCUGUGUUUCUGCAGGCCUGUUUCUUCAGAAUAAACAUCCUGAGACGUCUUCCA